AGGGAUCGGUAGCAAUAACAAACUUUCCUUGUAUAAACAUUUGCAAUAAGAAGAGAAAGAUGGAUGAAGUAAAGGUUAUCUCCAAGGAGCUAAUCAAGCCGUCUUCACCCACACCUCACCUUCUUCGCCAUUACCAACUCUCCUUUCUUGAUCAAAUUGCAGUUCCAGUUUUCAUGCCCUUAGUCCUCUUCUAUCCUAAAGAAACCAAUAAUAUCACCAAUCAAGAGAGAUGCAACCAUGCCAAGAAAUCUUUGUCUAAAGCCUUAACCCAAUUCUAUCCUCUAGCAGGAAGAGUCAAACAUAACAUGUACAUAGAUUGUAAUGAUGAGGGUGCCUAUUUUGUCGAAGCUGAAGCUAAAUGCACUCUCUCACAUAUUCUCCAACACCCAGAUCCUAAUGACUUAAACAAGUUUCUUCCACUUGAGCUUGAUGAUGUUAAUGAUUUAGCUUCUGUUUUUCAGGUCACCCUCUUCCAGUGUGGUGGUUUGGCUAUUAGUUUUGGCAUGUCUCAUAAGGUUGGAGACUCCUUGUCCUUCUUUAUGUUCCUCAACAGUUGGGCUGCCAUUGCGCGUGGAGACAGCACUACGAUUAAUACUGUCCCUUGCUUUCAAUCUUCCUUGCUCUUUCCACCAAAAGACCUUUCUGGGUUCCAGCCAAGAACUGGGAUAGUUAAGGAUACCAUUGUAGCAAAAAGGUUUGUGUUUGAUGCUUCCACUAUAUCAGCUCUUAGAGCUAUGUAUACUGAUGACGGUGACAAUAACAAGUACCCAAGACGUCCGACUCGAGUUGAGGCCUUGUCAGCUUUCAUAUGGAGCAGGUUUAUGGCUAGCGUUGAAGCUAAUAAAGUACAUGAUAGUGAUAAAAUCUAUACGUUGCUUCAUGCUAUAAACCUGCGGCCAAGAAUGGACCCGCCAUUACAGGAGCUAUAUUUUGGGAAUAUUAGCAGGAUAGCAGUAGCAAUUGCUAGCAUGGAAGAUAUUGAUAAUAUCUGUGGGCCUAAAGAUAUUUGCGGAGGUACUAAGGAGGAUUUUAAGAAUCAUGGUACAGUGAAAAAGAUGAGGGAUGCCAUAAGAAAUGUGAACGUAGAGUAUGUGAAGAAGCUUCAAGAAAGUGAUGGGCACUUGAGUUUUAUGAAAGGGAGAGCUGAGCAAGUAAUGAAAGGAGAGGUUGUUUCAUUUAGCUUCACUAGUUUGUGCAGGUUUCCUAUAUAUGAAGCUGAUUUUGGGUGGGGAAAGCCAGUUUGGGUAGGCUCAGCUCGCUUGACUUUCAAGAAUUUAGUAGUGUUCUUGGACACUAAAGAAGGAGAUGGUAUAGAGGCUUGGAUUAACUUGAAAGUAGAAGACAUGGUUAAAUUUGAAGCUGAUAAGGAGUUUCUUGCUCAUGUUUCUCCUUUCUCUAAUGUGAAGAUUUGAGAUAUAUAUAUAUGCAUAUGUGAUUUAGCGGUUGUUGAUUUUUUUUUACAGAUUAAGAUUUAAUUUCUUUUUAAUAUUUACUGUUCUUUAGCUUCUUUUCUGAAGUCCAUUUGUUUCUUUUACAGAACUAUUUUGUUACUGACAUGUAUAGAUUUUACUUUGCAAAAUCUCAUUGCAACCUAUAAUGAUUUAUCUGUUCAUUUUUUUAA